UCAAUCUAAUCUAAUCAUUAUCGGGGAGUUUUUCUGUAAUAUAAGCAUUAUGGUAUUGAUGAAAUGUUGAUGGUUUGUUUGUGUUUUUAUUGUAGUUAUUGCACAUACACACAAUACUUUGAUUUUGAUAAUUUGGCUCAAAUAUAUUUGAUGGUUUGUUUGUGUAUGUUGUGUAUCAUUGUUGAACAUUGCUCAGAACCAAACUGAAUUUUCCAUAAAAAACGAUGAAACAAAUACCAAUCGACACUUGUAUAGAUAUCCAAUUAUUUGAAAACGAUUUAAAAGAUAUCGAUCGAAAAUUUAUUAGAAAAAUUGUUUAUAUUUAUAAAAUAUCUGCAUUCAGAAAUCAUAUUGGUUUUCUAUUCAUAACUAACCAUUCUACUUAUGUUUAUGGGCAUGAAAUAUGCAAAUGGCUAUCGUUACAACAUGAUUCUAAACGACCACAAGAGAUUGAUAUUUUUGAUGGCCAAAAAAUCAUUCAAAUCGAUUCCGGUGAUAAAUUUGUUGUUGUUUUAACUAACGAUGGAUUGGUUUAUCUAGCCAGUAAUGACAAUUCAAAAUGGCGAACAAAAAAUACUUUUCGAUUAAUAUCCACCGGUAAUGAUCGUUUUGAAAUGAUAGCAUGUGGAAAAUAUCAUUUGUUAUUGUUAGGACGAGAUGGCGCUGUUUAUGCUUUGGGUGAUAAUCUUUUUGGUCAAUUGACCGGUAAUGUAUUGUCAUCGUAUGAUGUUCUGGUCAACACUUAUUUAAAAAAUGUUAAAUUGAUAGCUUGUGGAGCUAAACAUUGUCUUGCUCUCACCAAUGCCAAUACAAUUUGUUCCUGGGGCUGGAAUAAGUUUGGCCAAUUAGGUCUAGGCAAUAAAAGUAGUCGAAGAACACCUUCACCAGUAUUAUUUUCAAAUGAUAGCCCAAUCAAAAAUAUCAUGGCCGGAGCAUGGUAUUCGUUAUUUUUAUUGGAGAAUGGUCAAAUUUUUGGAUGUGGUUAUUAUCAACGUUCUCUCAAUGAUCAAAAGCAAGAUGCAAAAGUGCCAACCAAAAUUGCGAUUGAAAAUGUUCAAAGUGUAGCUUGUAAGAAUGAUGAUUUAUUUUCAUUGGCUUUCGAUCAAUCAUCCAAUUAUUAUGUAUGGGGUAUGAUGAGAGAUGAAGAAUUCGUAUCGCCCAAAAAAGUGGACCAUCAACCGGAAUCAUUUGCAGCCGCAUCGGCAAUAUUAUGCAAAUCACCAAUGACAUAUGGUCUAACAUUAACAAUCGAUAUAUUCGAAUCAACUGAUUCAAUAUCAUUUAUUGGAUUAUUGGAUAAUCCAGAUAAUUAUGAUGUUGAGUUUAUUAUCGGUAAUGAACGCAUAUUGGCUUCCAAAUGUCAUCUGAAAAUGUCAUCCAAAUAUUAUAGUCGAAUGUUUUCGGGUGUUUGGCAAGAAAAUGAUAAAGUGAUCAUCAAAGAUUAUAAUUAUGAUGUUUAUUAUUCAUAUCUAGUAAUGUUGCAUAAUGGCAACGUUCGAAUCAAUCAAUCCAAUAUAGCUCAACUUAUCGAUUUGGCCAAUUGCUAUGGUGAUGAAAGAUUAAUGAAGCAUUGUCGAUCAUUUAUACGAAGAAAUCUUAACGAACAAACAUUAUUCACCUAUCUUCCGUUAAUUAGUAAUUAUCAACUUGAUGGAAUGAAUGACAAACUUGUUGAAAUAACUAUUGAAGAUGUUUUACCAAAAAUUACUGAUAAUCUUUUGGAAAACAAGGAAAAUGUUACCAAAUUUCUUGAAUUGAUAAUAUCCGAAUCCUUUAUUAAGAAGGAAUAGUAAUAUUUUUGUUAAACUAUUUUUUAAAUUAUUUUAUUUAUAAACAAAAU